CUCAAUCAAAAGAGGAAAACCGAAAAAGAAAAAUAAACGUUACAUUUUUGAAAAUAAGUUUUAUUUUUUCUAAGUAGAAGAAUUAGAUUCUGCACACAAAUGGUGCUCCAACAACAACAACAAACGCUUUUUGUCACAAAGAAGACAGAUCAAGAACUUCCUCUUAAGACAGAUCCAGAGCCUUCUCGUGAAUUCAUUUUCCGAUCCAAACUUCCCGACAUCUCCAUCCCUAAUCAUCUUCCUCUCACCGAUUACGUCUUCCAGAAGUUCUCCGGCGACGGCGACGGACACUCCACAGCCACAUGUCUCAUCAACGGUGCCACCGGACGUAUCUUUACCUACGGUGAUGUACAAAUCAGUUUACGGCGUAUCGCCGCCGGGAUCCAUCGGCUAGGGAUCCGCCAACGUGACACCGUCAUGCUCCUUCUCCCAAACUCGCCGGAGUUUGCUCUCUCCUUCCUCGCCGUCGCUUACCUUGGAGCCGUAUCCACCACUGCGAAUCCGUUCUAUACAGAGUCGGAGAUCGAGAAACAGGCGAAAGCCUCAGCCACGAAGAUGAUCAUCACUAAGUCAUGUUACGUAGAUAAACUUACAAACAUGAAGAACGACAGCGUUUUGAUCGUUUGCGUGGAAGAUGAAAACGACGCAGUUCCAGUAGCUAACGGUUGCGUGAGUUUCAAGGAACUGGCUCAAGCGGACGAAACAGAGCUCCCUAAACCGGAGAUCUCACCGGAAGACACUGUAGCGAUGCCGUACUCCUCCGGAACCACGGGGCUUCCGAAGGGAGUGAUGAUCACUCACAAGGGAUUAGUUACGAGCAUCGCUCAGAAAGUAGACGGAGAAAACCCUAACGUCAACUUCACCGGAGAUGACGUCAUUCUAUGUUUCCUCCCUAUGUUUCACAUUUACGCGCUCGACGCGUUGAUGCUCUCGGCUAUGAGGUCGGGUGCGGCGAUCUUGAUCGUUCCGAGGUUCGAGUUGAAUCUGGUGAUGGAGCUUAUUCAGAGGUAUAAGGUCACCGUGGUUCCGGUGGCUCCUCCGGUGGUUCUAGCGUUUGUUAAGUCUCAGGAGACGGAGAGGUAUGACCUGAGCUCAGUGAGGAUGAUGCUUUCAGGCGCAGCUACGCUCAAGAAGGAGCUUGAAGACGCCGUGCGUCUCAAGUUUCCCAAUGCCAUAUUUGGACAGGGUUAUGGAAUGACUGAGUCAGGAACGGUGGCUAAGUCAUUAGCGUUUGCAAAGAACCCAUUCAAGACCAAGUCUGGUGCGUGCGGGACUGUGAUCAGAAACGCGGAGAUGAAAGUAGUCGACACCAUAACCGGAGUCUCUUUACCACGCAACAAACCUGGCGAAAUAUGCAUCCGAGGUGAUCAACUCAUGAAAGGUUAUUUGAAUGAUCCGGAGGCUACUGCGGUAACCAUAGACAAAGACGGGUGGUUACACACAGGAGAUAUUGGGUUUGUGGAUGAUGACGAUGAGGUCUUCAUUGUUGAUCGGUUAAAGGAACUUAUCAAAUUUAAAGGCUAUCAAGUGGCUCCAGCUGAGCUUGAAGCAUUGCUUAUUUCUCAUACUUACAUCGAGGAUGCUGCAGUUGUCGCGAUGAAGGAUGAAGUUGCUGAUGAGGUUCCAGUAGCAUAUGUGGUUAGAUCAGAAGGGUCUCAGUUAACCGAAGAUGAUGUCAAGAGUUAUGUCAACAAACAGGUGGUUCAUUACAAGAGAAUCAAGAUGGUGUUUUUCAUAGAAGCAAUUCCGAAAGCAGUGUCCGGAAAGAUUCUGAGGAAGGAACUCCGAGCUAAACUGGAAUCUGAGUACCCUAAACAGAUUUAAGAGAGUUGUGGAUGAAUGUGUAAGCUCCAACGCUAAGGUCACUAAGAAGCAAUUAUUUGGUAUCCGAUUUGAUUUCAAGACAUCAAUCCUGUAAAGUCAAACGCAUUUCUAUAUUUUAUAAAGUAUUAUAAAGUAUUAGUUACUCUCAUGUGACUGUGUUUUAGUGAGGCCAUGCUUUCUAUCUGUAUAAAAGUUUCAGGAAGAUUGAGAAAAGUUUAUGGAGAGUUUGGUGGUUUCCAAAUCCUCAUCUUUGUAAUUUCCAAACUCUGAUAUAUUAAACGCUGGCUUCGGUUU